AUGCAGCAAAGUACCGAAAACAGCUCUGUCGCUGGAGCAGACAGCGACGACGACUUUGAUUGGGAGGAGGUCGUCGUCCCUCAGCAAGAGCAAGUUCAGGAGCUGCCCGCCGUACCGGACGCUUGGCAGGAUGACAUCCAGGAAGGCCCGUCGGAGAAGCCGCAUAUCGAGAUCACAAUACAGACUCAGAAGAGGGUAAAGAAGGGCACUCCGAAGAAGAACCCUCAAGCUGAGAAACUGUACGCUGAGCGCCUGGCUCGCCUGACAUGCCACCAGCUGCAUACUGUAGCCCUCCUGGCGAACGCUCGCAUACGAGACAAAUGGAUUAACGAUCCUCUCCUGCAUGCACGACUUAUGUCUCUCACGCCCCUCCCUUUGCAGAAUGCCUUCGCGACGAUCAUCAGGUCGCGCUAUCCCGACGCCGCGCAGCGCGGGCGCAUGUUCGAGGCAGCGAUCGUGCGUCUCACGGAGUGGUGGAGCAGCAGCUUCCGGGUCAUGCCCACGGGCCACCUCCGGAACCGCACCUUCGACGAGGUGCAGCGGACGCUCUCCGCGGACCCGAAGGGCAAGGGCAAGGCUCGGGCACGCGACGAGGACGACGAGGACGAUGACGAUGGGGAGCGGAUCCGCAGCGAGAAGAGCCUGAUGAAGCACGCGUUGAUGAUGCGCGGAUCGAGGGAUACCAGCGCGCAACUGUUCACGGCGCUUUGCAGGGCGCUCGGGAUCCCCGCUCGCCUCGUCGUCAGCUUGCAGAGCGUGCCGUGGCAGGCUGGCGUUGGGAAGCCCAAAUCCCCUGCGAAGAAGAGAGAGAAGGAUAACGGCAAGGGAAAGGCCAAGGCCAAGGCGGAAGAGGACGAGGAUGAAGAUGAUAUGGAUAUGGAGGAAGUCGCUAUCCCGGACGACAUCGAAGUGUUUCCGGGGAAUGGACAGCGUCUCGACGGACGUACGUCCACACCGAUCAAUAAUGGAGCGCCAAAAGGCAAAGGGAAGACGCCGCCUGUUAUCAAGCUGCGAAAAUCUCAUGGUCGCAAGUUGGGCUCGUCCUCAGUGCAAAGAGCCCCAGCCCGCGAACGCACCCCGGACCCGACCCUCACACCUCCUGUAUUCUGGACCGAAGUCUUCUCUCGAGCGGAUGCACGCUGGCUCCCAGUCGACCCCAUACGAUGCAUCAUCAGCAAACGCAAGGCCUUCGACCCGAACCCGAACCCCAACGCACCCAUCAAGCCGGACCGCACUCGGCCGCUGAAAGUCGAGAACCGGAUGGUGUACGUCGUGGCGUUCGAAGAAGAUGGUUUUGCGCGAGACGUCACGCCGAGAUAUGCGAGAGAGUAUGGUGCGAAGGUGGCGAAGGUGCAGCAAGGCGGGAAGGGGAGGAAGGAAUGGUGGGAGAGGAUUGUGCGAAUGGUGAACAGGCCGUAUAGACUGCAUAGAGACGACCUGGAGGAUGACGAACUGCACACUCAUCAAAUAACGGAAGGAAUGCCUACCACUAUGAUUGGCUUCAAAGACCAUCCAUUAUACGUGUUGGGUCGACAUCUUAAGCGAGACGAGGUCGUUCAUCCUGUUGUCGAACUGGGCAAGUUCCGAGGAGAGCCUGUCUAUGCGCGGUCCUCGGUGCUAUCGUUGAAGACUGCCGAGAACUGGAUGCGCCAGGGCCGCAAGGUGCGCGAAGGCGCUCAGCCGAUGAAGUGGGUCAAGCAGCAUGCUAUGACCGUCAACAAGCAACGCGCGAUAGAGAUGGCGCUGGACGCACGGAGAGAAAGGGCUGCCCAAGGCCUGCCAGAAGCCGAGGGUUUUGGGAGCGAGGACGGCGUGAUGCAGGGGCUGUAUGCUGAGAGUCAGACUGAGCUCUGUAUACCUGAGCCAGUCGUCAAUGGCAAGAUACCGAGGAAUGACUUUGGCAACAUCGAUCUAUAUGUGCCAUCUAUGCUCCCCGCAGGCGCAGUACAUAUUCCAUACAAAGGCACGGCUAAAGUUGCACGGCAAUUAGGGUUUGACUAUGCGGAAGCCGUGACCGGUUUCGAAUUCAAGAAACGACAGGCUUUCCCUGUCAUUACCGGCAUUGUCGUGGCAGCGGAGAACGAAGAAGCCGUGCUCGAGGCUUAUUGGGAAGCCGAACACGAUGCCGAACAGAAAAGACGUGCGAAACGGGAGGAACAGGUCAUCAAACGAUGGACUAAACUGAUACAAGGGCUUCGAAUCCGGCAACGACUGCAAGAACAAUAUGCACACCCAGACCAGCGUGGGAGCUCGCCUGCUGUUGCCGUUGACGAGGUUCGGACUUGCCGCCGCAGGCUCAAUUCAUUAUCUAGUCAGCAGCAGGGAGGUUUCCUCACAGGGGCAGAUGACGUCGUGCAGCCUUACACGCUGCCAAGAAAUUUCCAUCCGCACACAUCCACUACUAUAUCCUUGGCUGCGAGCAGGGAGGAAUCCAUGGACCGAUUAGAUGCCAAUAUGAUGGAGGAGAUUCCUUCAGAAACCCCUAGCGCCCUUCAACAAUUCGACGAGGAGGACGAGGAGGAAGGAAUGGAAGAAGUGGAGGUGCCGCACUCGACGUGGAAACAAGCAGAGCUGCCGGAAGAACGAAUACCGAAGACUAUACUUGAGCUCGUAGAAGAUGCCGCAAGGCAAGAAGAAGUACCUCUCAGCGGUGGACAGAAAGAAGUGCAAAUGAAGUCUGAAUUAGAGCCGGUCGCAAGAUCCACUAGGGCAGCAGCGAAACAAAUGGCCGCCUUUAGCAAUGGAAGAAUGACGCCUGAGAAGACGACAAUGCCAACCAGGACGUCGAGAGUCGCUGCUCGCGGGACAAGAAAGCGCACGAGAGAAGACGACGCCGAUUCAAAUCCAGGAAUGGAAGAAGAAAACGUCCCCUCGACUCGCGGUUCGCCUGCAAAGCGUGCGAAGAAAGCCGCUCCUUCUGUGCCUCCUUCGACAAGAGUUUUGCGCACACGCACGUCCAAAAGUGCGAGUAAGAUUCAAGAGGAGGUGGAGAUGGAAGACGCAUAUCGGCGAGCGACCUGCAAUUAG